AUGGCCGCAGACAGUGUUAUCCCCGCAGUGGCAGAACUGUCCGUCCACGACACCACCAGCGAAGUUUCGAAAUAUCCCAAUUGCUACCCCACCUUGAAUCCCGUCGAUAAAUACAGAGCGCACAUUGCAGAGCUGGUUGGACCAAUCGUGGGAAAGGAACCGGAGUUCGUUUACACUCGACUUCAAUGGACGAAUACUUUAGAGAAAGGAGAUUUGCUCCUAGCGGUCCCCGCGCUGCAGAUAAAAGGGAAGAAGCCAGCCGAUCUGGCCGGAGAGAUUGCUGCGAAUUUCCCCGAGUCCGAUCUCGUUGAACCACCCGUCGCAAUGGGAACACACCUGCAAUUCCAUUUCCGCGCUCAGCCUCUGAUCAAGACGGUGAUCCCAUCUAUCCUCAAAAAUAAAGCUACAUACGGAACAAAUGCAAAUAUCGGCCUCCGAGAUCCGCGAGACCCCAGCCAGGGAAAGAAGCGUAUCGUCGUAGAGUUUUCGUCCCCGAAUAUCGCGAAGCCAUUCCAUGCGGGGCAUCUUCGCAGUACGAUCAUUGGUGGUUUCCCUGGCGAAUUUGCACACAGUUUAUGGGAUGGCAAUAUGGCCUAUUGGCCCAAUGGUUACAAAAUGUAUGGAAAUGAGGAGGAACUGCUCAAAGAUCCGAUUAACCAUCUGUUCGAGGUUUAUGUCAAGAUCAACAAAGAUGUCGCGGAGCAGGAAGGCCCAAUCAAGGACCUCAAAGAAAGAAUCAAGGUGAUCAAGGAUAAAGGCGAAGAUGCCGCAGCCUUGGAGAAAGAACUCGAUACAUUAGUUGCUGCCAGUUGGGACGAAAAGGCACGUCAGUACUUCCGGAGUAUGGAGGACGGUGACGAGGAUGCCCUUGCCCUUUGGAGACGGUUCCGUGAUCUCAGUAUUACGAAGUAUAGACAGACUUAUGCUCGCCUCAAUAUCGAUUUCGAUGUCUAUUCGGGUGAAUCCCAGGUGAAACAGGAGAGCCUCUCCACGGUUUACAACACUAUGCAAGAAAAAGGAGUAUCUGAAGACUCGGAAGGAGCUAUAAUUGUUGACUUCACCAAGCAUGGAGCAAAGAAGCUUGGUAAGGCGAUUGUUGUGAGAAAAGAUGGAACUCCUCUCUACUUGACGCGAGAUAUUGCCGCCAUUUUCGAGCGUGAAACUGCGUUCAAUUUUGACAAGAUGCUCUAUGUCGUUGCUGCCCAACAAGACCUGCAUCUCGCGCAAUUGUUCAAGACUGUCGAGUUGAUGGGCCGAAAGGACCUUGCUGAUAAAUGCCAGCACAUCAACUUCGGCAUGGUUCGCGGCAUGAGCACUCGAAAAGGAACGGUCAAGUUCUUGAACGAUAUUCUCAAGGAUGUUGGCGAUAAGAUGCAUGAAGUAAUGAGGAAAAACGCCGUCAAGUAUGAGCAGGUGGAGAACCCGGUUGAGACGGCCGACACCCUUGGCAUUACGUCCGUGAUGGUUCAAGAUAUGAGCGGAAAGCGUAUCAACGGCUAUGAAUUCAACCUUGAGGACAUGACCUCCUUUGAGGGUGAUACAGGCCCGUAUCUCCAGUACGCCCACGCCCGUCUCUGCUCGGUGACUCGAAAGGCCGAAAUCGACCCGGCGGUACUGGGCUCAGCGGACCUGUCACUGCUCACCGAAUCACAUGCCGUCGACCUUGCCAGACUACUUUCCCAAUGGCCGGACGUUGUUCUCAACGCCAUGAAGACCCUUGAGCCGACCACUAUUAUCACGUAUCUCUUCCGCAUGACACACACGUUGAGUUCGGGAUACGAAACGCUCAAGGUCGUGGGUAGUGAGCCAGAGUUGAAGAAGGCUCGAAUGGCAUUGUAUCAUUGCGCGAGACAGGUGUUGAAUAAUGGCAUGCGAUUGCUGGGAUUGAACCCCGUUGAAAGCUUCCUUUCUCAAAAUGUGAUUUUCCUUAUCUUCACUCAUAUAUGGCUCCGGUUACCUGGUGUCAUCGACCCUUCUCGUAAAACCAAUUCAGUGCAUUAUCCGGUUGACUAUGAUGGCGUCCCUCUUUUGAAGAAAGGAAUACGUUAUAAACAAGAAUAUACAGUCAUAUUUUUGACUCUUAAUCUCCAUCAUCCAUAA